GGAGGACAAUCAAUAAAUGUACAUUAACUUGUCAUCGGACCAACCAGGAAUGACCUGUCUUUUACCAUUGUAAAAGCUUCUUCUUGACAGCUUCUUCUACACAGCCAUAAUUCAGAAUUCUCUCAACUGUUCUUUUGGGUGGGUUUUCUCCUGGCCACAUCCAAAAUGUCUGAGGCUGACUUCCAGAGACUUGAGAUGUUGUACCAGAUCCUGCACAAGGACCCCUCCUGCAACCAUUCCCACCUGACCUUCCAUAACACCAGCAUGGUAUACAAUCUGGACUUCCCUGGCGAUGGCUCCCACUGGCUGCGCGCCAUCAUCUCCGUGGUGUACUGUGCCGUGGCCACCGGCGGACUGCUGGGCAAUCUUCUCGUGCUGUACCUUCUCUGCUCCACCCGGACCAUCGUCAAGAGUGCCAUCAACUUCUUUGUGUUCAACCUGGCCCUGGCUGACUUGCUACUCUCCGUGGCGCUGCCGUUCUGGGCAGUAGACAUCACCCUGGACUACAACUGGCCUUUUGGUUUGGCCAUGUGCAAGGCCGUGUCCCUCCUGACGGGCCUCAACGUCUACGCCAGUUGCUUCUUCCUGAUGGCCAUGAGCUUGACCCGCUACUGUUCAGUGGCUACUGCACUCAAGCCCGCUGCACCACUCGGUCACAAGCUUUGUGAUUCCCGGGUAACUACCGCACUUAUAUGGGCCGGGGCACUGGUGGCUGCUGCACCGCGUGCCGUGUUCGCCGAUCUCAACAGAGUAGGCAUGGCCAAUGACACUGCAUGUCUGCUCCGCUUCCCUAAAGGUACGAAUUGGCUGGCUGUCAACCAACUCCUGAGGCUUCUGUUUGGCUUCCUGUUGCCCUACUUCAUCAUGAUCCUCUCCUACCUGCUCCUGCUGCGCUUCCUCUGCCGGCACAAGCUGAACGGUGUCAACCCACAGCGACAGGCUCAUGUCUCCAAGUCCGUGGCAGUUGUGGUGCUCUCCUUCUGCACCUGCUGGUUCCCGUAUAACGUGCUAACUCUCUGGAGUGCGCUGAUCCAACUGGAUCUAACAGAAAUCAGUCCCUCCUACUACUUUGUCCAGACCUACCUCUUCCCCUUGGCCAACUGUCUGGCCUUCACCAGUUGCUGCCUCAACCCUGUCAUCUACUGCCUCAUUCGCAGGGAGUACCGCAAGGCCCUGCGCACCCUGGUCUUGAAGUCAAGUCUCGCAAUCGCUUCCAAAGCCUGCCUCUCGGCAGUCAACUCCAAUGAGGGCCAGAACCGCGAUGGACAGCUGGGCAUCCCGCUCAACAAUAUGGAAAGCCACACGGCCCAGUCUUACACCAAGAGGUCAGCACUUCCCUCUACCACUCUAUCGCUGGGUCCCAGUCCCAAGGGCCUCUGUCCGCUCAAUGACCUCACCUGAGAAGGAUAUCGCUGAACCUCAGACAUAGAUUAAUUAAAGCUUCAAUUCAAUUUUGUUGGUGUUUUCGCAUGGGUAUGACAAAGCUUUUUUUCCUUUACCAAAAACAAAGUUGUAUCUAUAUUAUGAGACAAAUGCCUUGUUGCCUUUUGCAUGAACACGACAAGGGUGUGAAUUUUUGUGAACAUCAUCAGGACAUUCCUUCAAAUUAUGCAUUGUGUUGUUUUCUAUAGUUUGUGGGAUCAUUUCUUAAAUUAAACUUAAUUAUUGCAAGGGAAAGCAAAUCAAAUUUCAAAUCAAAUUAGGAAACAAGUUAACAACAUGUUAUUGCAUCUUAUUUUGAGAUGGAGUGUAAAAUUAAUUAUUGAGACAAAAUCUUUAGGUAUUCAGCCCCCAGAAAACUGAAACAACACUAUAUAUAUAAAAGUAUGUGGACACCCCUUCAAAUUAGUGGAUUCGGCUAUUUCAGCCACACCUGUUACGGACAGCUGUAUAAAAAUCGAGCACCCAGCCAUGCAAUCUCCAUAGACAAACAUUGGCUGUGGAAUGGCCUUACUGAAGAGCUCAGUGACUUUUAACAUGGCACUGUCAUAGGAUGCCACCUUUCCAACAAGUCAGUUCGUCAAAUUUCUGCCCUGCUAGAGCUGCCCCGGUCAACUGUAAGUGAUAUUAUUGUGAAGUGGAAACAUCUAGGAGCAACACCGGCUCAGCCGCAAAGUGCUUGGCCACACAAGCUCACAGAAUGGGACAGCCGAGUGCUGAGGUGCAUAGCGUGUACAAAUUGUCUGACCUCGGUUGCAACACUCACUACAGAGUUCCAAACUGCCUCUGGAAGCAACAUCAGUACAAUAACUGUUCGCCAUGAGCUUCAUGAAAUGGGUUUCCAUGGCCGAGCAGCCGCACCAAAGCCUAAGAUCACCAUGCGCAAUGCCAAGCGUCCGCACCAUUCGACUCUGGAGCAGUGAAAAUGCGUUCACUAGCUAUGGAUCAACCUUGACCAUCUGGCAAUCCGACCAACGAAUCUGGGUUUGGUGGAUGCCGGGAGAACGCUACCUGACCGACUGCUUAGUGCCAACUGUAAAGUUUGGUGGAGGAGGAAUAAUAGUCUCGGGCUGUUUUUCAUGGGGCGGCAGCGUAGCCUAGUCGUUAGAGUGUUGGACUAGUAACCGGAAGGUUGCGAGUUUAAACCCCCGAGCUGACAAGGUACAAAUCUGUCGUUCUGCCCCUGAACAGGCAGUUAACCCACUGUUCCCAGGCCGUCAUUGAAAAUAAGAAUGAGUUCUUAACUGACUUGCCUGGUUAAAUAAAGGUUAAAAAAAAUAAAAAAAAAUUAAUGGUUCGGGCUAGGCCCCUUACUUCCAGUGAAGGGAAAUCUUAACACUACAGCAUACACUGAUAACUUUGUGGCACCAGUUCGGGGGAAGGCCCUUUCCUGUUCCAUUAUGACAAAGCCCCUGUGCACAAAGUGAGGUCCAUACAGAAGUGGUUUGUUGAAAUUGAUGUGGAAGAACUUGACUGGCUUGCACAGAGCCCUGACCUCAAACCCAUCGAGGAUCUUUGGGAUGAAUUGGAACACUGACUACGAGCCGGGCCUAAUCGCCCAACAUCAGUGCUCGACCUCACUAAUACUCUUGUGACUGAAUGGAAACAAGUCCCCUCAGCAAUGUCCCAACAUCUUGUGGAAAGCCUUCCUAGAGUGGAGGCUUUCAUAGCAGCAAAAGUGGGCAGUGAGAUGUUCGAUGAGCAGGUGUCCUAAUACAAUUUUUGGUAUGAUAUUUAUUGCAAAUGACCCAUGUCUCUCAGCUCAAGAGAUGCAAGCUAUUUGUCCUGUUAGAGCAGCAUGGUUAGACACACAAGGGGUUGGCAGUUAAAACCCAGUGUGGGCCACUUCCUUUAAUGCUGUAUAUUGAUAUUGUUGGGGUACCAUUUUUUUGUUGCAUUUUUAAGACUUCUUUGCUAGAUCUAUAUGACUGGCAUUUUGAGUCAACAGUUGAUUGCUCCUUAGGAAUAAGCAAAUACUUUUUGGGGUUAAAAAUAUGGGAAAAAGGCCAUAGACUACAUUUACAAGAAAAGUGGGACAAGAAACACAAUGUUGAAGUCAAAACCCCUGCCAACUAAUAUUAACACUUAUAUUUUGUUUUGGAGAAAUGAUUUACCUUCUGUAAGUUUAAGAAACAUUGCCUUGGGCCUUGUAAUUCCUUUACCAAAAUCCCACAUCUCUUUAAGAUAUUUUCUCAUUUCUCUCCCUCGUGAGGAUAAUGAAAGUUCACAGAGGUAACAAGUAAAGGUAAACCUACCAAUUUGUUAUACUGUUUUACUGAUAUCAAGUUUGUUUAUGAAUUAUUAAGUGAUUCAAAUUCGUAGUUCAGUCACCAAAUCAGUAACAGAAUUACAGAAAAAUCAGUAAUGGAAUUACUGCAAUUGAAUUGCCUACAAUGGGAAAUCAUAGAACUCACAAACCACGCUACUGUCCACCCUUCCACUGGCAUAAUUUUAUGUUCAGCUCAUAACUGUUUUUUCUCUUUCUGUUGUCUGAUGGUCAAUGCAAGACUGUGAAAACAGUCUGGGCAACCCCUUCCUCUCCCUCUCUAUCUCUCUUCCACUCUCUCUAUCUCUGUCUACACUUAAUGUCACCUCUCCCUGUCAUGUCCUGAUCUCUUUCAACUGUUCCUGUGAUUGUCUCCACCCCCUCCAGAUGUCGCUUAUUUUCCCCAGUGUAUUUAUCCCUGUGGUUCCUGUCUCUGUGCCAGAUCGUCUUGUAUGUUUAGUCAAGUCAACCAGUGUGUUUUUCCCGUACUCCUUUCUAUUCUCUUUUUAUAGUCCUCCCAGUUCUGACCCCUGCUUGACUCUGGACUACUUUCCUGCCUGCCUGUUCAUCCUGCCUGCCCUGACCUUGAUUCUGCCUGCUCUUCGGUACCUAUUGGACUCUGAUCUGGUUUUGACCUUUUUUCCUGUCCACGACCAUUCUCUUACCUACCCCUUUGGAUUAAUAAACAUUGUAAGACUCCAAACAUCUGCCUCCUGUGUCUGCAUCUGGGUCUCGCCUUGUGCCUUGAUACUCUCAGCUCUUAUUGACACCUACCAUGACACCUACCACCUAUCCUCUUUCCACUUACUGUAAGAAGCAUCCUCACCCAAUGAGCACCGACCGACACCGGAUGUCCAUGGAUGUUGAAAGCGAGUUGAAAUUUGAUCAGUCCGCCCUGGCCGGACCAAACCUUAACCAAUCAUCUAUGUUUCACAAGUUUGGACAUCAGAGUGCAGUACAGUAAAUAACAUUAGAGUAGAGUUUACUGCAGUACAGUACACCAGAGUAGAGUACAGUAUAAUAUACUGUAUUGUACUGUACUCUACUAUGCUCUACUGUGCUGUACUGUGAUGCCCAAAUUUGUGAAACAUAGACUUCUUUCAUUGUUUCCGAUUUGGUCUGGUCCGGACAAACCAAAUGUGGUCUUGUUUGGGGGCGGAGCUCAUUACAAUAAUAGCCAGUGUGUAGAACAAUACCCAAAUAUGCAAAAUAAGAAUAUGCAUAUUUCUACCUUUGUGUACCUAUUCAGGAUACAUCAUCAUGAAGAGAAUGACAUUCAUCUCC